GGCAGCCAUUACAGUUCGUCAUUAGCCAUUGCAGUGGAAAGUUCGCUCGGUUUCGUUUGUGUAAAAAGUGAAAAUUUUGUGGAAAAAAUAUUUGACAAUAGGAUAAAAGUGAUUAAAACUGUUCGAAUAUACUAACUCAAGAACACAACCGCACCCAUUUGGGAUAUCAUGUCACAACAGCUAGCCGGUGGUGGCGAUCUCGAUGCCAGCACGCCGGACGAGAACCUGUUUAUAAAUCCGACCGAUGGCCUACCAAACGAACACCCGGCCCUACCGAGCGCCUACGACUCGGACAACGAAUCUAAUCCGGUGGACGAUGAUCUGCUCGAAGAUCUGCCGACGUCAAUUAUCGUCACCAACAUCCACUCGGAGGUGUUUGCCAGUGAAGAGCUAAAAGCCCGUAUGGAAGAACUGUUCAAGACUUUCUCCGACACCGCGACGUUUCAGUGGCUGAAAAGUUUCCGUCGGCUGCGGGUCAACUAUGACUCAGCGAUUGCCGCCGCGAACGCUCGCAUUCAACUGCAUCAGUAUCCAUUCGGGAAAUCAAUCAUAAGCUGCUAUUUGGCUCAACCGGUGACGCCGGUUUCAAAUCCCAACCUGAAGCCACCCAAACCGUUCAGGCAGUUUCUCAUUUCACCGCCCGCUUCCCCACCGGCCGGCUGGGAACCGGCCGAAGAAAAUGAACCUUUGGUAAAUCACGAUCUAUUGGCAGCGCUUGCCAGCUUGACUCCGGGUGAAAUACACGAGAUUCAUGCCCAAUCGGAAAACCAUCCGGGUAUAGUGCUACAUACGGCUCAUCAUGGCCAGGCAGGGGAAGAGUUGAGCACCAAGUCCGCUGGUAGCAGUUUCGAGGAAGAUGAGGACGGUAAUAUGGUGCCGCGGAAGGGUCGCAUCGUACAGACCCGUUGUCCGGAGCGGAAGAGCUCGACCUAAGCACAGAGACGUUGGUUUUGUUGUAGUUUUAGAGAUAAACCGAGAAGUAAGGAGGAAGGGGAAAAGUAUGAUUUUGUAUGUUGAAAAUAAUUUUUAUUUUGUUCGUUGUGUUGUUGUAUGUCGAACUACUACUCGUCGUGAGUUUUUAGCUAUAAAACAAAAGGUCCAUUAGUUAGCCGAGGUAGUUUCGAAAAUUAGUUGAUGUUUGUACAUAUUCGAAUGCGUGUAAAAAUAUAUAUAUAUGAUGAUGCCAUUGGUUUGUUUAGUUGUAUAAAUCUACGCUCAGUUUUGCGGCUGUAAUAUAGUUUCCGGAUGCCUAAUAGUUUAUCAAGUUAUCGGUUCGAUAUCUUUGAGUGAUAGAACGAGGUCGAAGUUUCGACACGGCGCCGGCGUAUUUUCGCCUCUUCGUAGCUGCAGCAAAGCAAUGCGUAGUACAGAAAGAGAGGGUUGGGGUGACUGUUGCACUUAUUCAGAUGUUUAAGACCAGUUGAACAAACUGGAAUAAUUUUAAAAUUGUUAAAAUGAUAAUUUAAUUUUUUGCGCUCGAAUUCCGAUUGACCGGAUUAUCGUUUCUGACGUAGGACUAGGUCUCAUUUUUAAAUUUCACUCGCAUCUCAUGAAACGUUUUAUGUAUGGGUUUGGACUCUUGAAUGAUUCAUUAACUCUUGUAUGAUUCAAUUAGCUGCCACAAUCAUUUUGUUUGUGGCAAUCAGUUCUAUAGAGAAUCAUAAUGGAAUUUACUUAAAACUAAACUUAAACCCUACCAUUUUUGAACUAUGUAUAGUGAAGUACAUACAAGGAAUCAAAAAUAGACUAGAGUCAAACUACACAUACAGUUAAUCAAUAAAAAAAAAGAUAAGCCAGCCAAUACAGCACGCGGACGCGUUAGAAAAAAGAAAAACCGUAGCGUUUACAGAUGAAACUUAAUCUGAAGUGGCAGCAGAGACCUUAGUGAGAUUUGAUAGUUGUGAACGGAAUCCGGUUUGCCUCCUAGGAAAAAGAAAAAAACUAGAAUGUAGAAUGAAAUCCAAAACCUAGAAACUAGACGAAAUCGUGAUGCAUAGAUGAAAAUAAAGUCGUUUUUAUUGAACACAUGAUACAACUAUAGAGUUGAUGAAACACACCGAAAACACAAAUAGUGUAGUGACAAAAGCUAACUACUGAAUGUGAAAUUUUGCAGUAAUAAUAGUUUACGAUAAGUUCUCAGAUGCUGAUAUAUUGAAAAAAAAAAAAAAAAAGAAAUGAAAUAUAUUCAACAGAAACAAAUAUAUAAACCCUAAACCACUGAUUAAAAAUAUAUACCAUAUUUGUCAAUAAAGUUUGAUAUAGAUAAAA